AUGUUCAAGUGCAAAAUUUCAAGACCAAAGAAGAAAGCCCAAGGCAACUUAUCAUCAUACAGUGGUCUAUUCUAUGAAAACAUUCACGCGUACGAAGAAAUGAAAAUACUGCGAGCAUCGCCAAUUAAGGUGACUGGGGGAACUACUUCAACGCCUAGAAAUGAAGACGUGGAAGCUGGUCAACGGGUAAGUUAAUUCGAUUAUUGGCAUAUCUUUUAUCAUUUAGCGAUUACACGAAUAUGGUAGAUUCUCCGAGCCAACAAUUCCGGGAGAAAGCCAUAAAAUUCAUAAUUUUUCAGAACACCCCUAAAAGUUCAUUGUACUAUUUUGUGCAUGAAUAACCUGGGAGUCCAAAUACAUUUUUACAUAAUAAACAAACAAUAUUCGAAUUGCUUCAGCAUUUUCUGGGAUUUUUUCGACCUUCGUUAGAAAUCUUUGCUACGUCACUGACCUCAACUCUAGGUCGUAAGCGAAAUGCAACCUAAAAGGGGAAAUAGGCUUUCCAUUGUUAGACCAGCGGAUAUGCACCAUAAUCAUGCACUCCAUGAAGACAGUAAGCAACAAAUUUCGCGCAGGUAAAGCAUGCAUUUGUUGCAAAGAAAACAUUGAGAUAUGGGGCAUAUCAGCUCUGGUCAUGGUUGGGAGAAGACAGUAAUAACAAGUCAUAAGUGAUAAACCUUGAUAUUCGUCAACAAUUUGGAAUUUCAAGUUUACCAGUAUCAUUCGAAAGAACACUAAAAACUAUAUAUAGAAAUCGAAUUAAGUUGCAUAGAUUUUGGAGUCUAAAUGGAGUUUAAGGUGGCUCAAUACACUUUUUAGCCAAAGGAGCAAACGUUGAAUAUUUUCUGUUUAAAUGCUUUUACAGGGUUAAGUUUUACUUAUAAUUCUAACACAUAGUAAGAGGACACGCAAACAAGAAGAAUUCUGAUAAAUGUCGCGUUUCCAUGACAACUAUAACGAAUAAUGGUAACAAUAAAUAGGCGAAAAUAUCGCAGUUUUUCGAGUUUUUUUCAAAAAUGAGUUCGGUGACCCCGAUUUAUUAAUAAGUCAGUUACGUUAGUGUCGAGAAACAUUUCUGGGAAGUUUAAAAAAAAUCUGUCGACUCAAUUCUUUAGAAUUAAAUUCGACUUUUUUGACAGUUUCUGUCGACAUUUUUUUUAUUUUUCCAUCAUGAAAUCUUGAAGUAUGUAUCUACUCAUGUACAAAUUUUUAGGGUACCUUACCAAACUCGUUUUGGAAAUAAUCACGGUUUUAUUUCGCGCGGCCAAAGUUUUUCACACUCUGCGAGAUCAAUGAAUUGACAUGCGCGUACAUGUUUUCGCAGGCGCAUCUCCAGAAAAACACGCACAAAAAAGUUUUUGGUCUCGUCGAAAUAUCAAAUAUAUGUUGUGUUUUCUUGCUUAGAAAUACAAAUAUAUUUAGUUUUGAAUGCUAACUCGGAAUAACGCCACUAAGAAAACAGGUGAUUGUCGGUCGUUUGGUAUAAGAUAUGUGUGACGUGUAUGAACUUUUUGGCUUUUCUACAUAGUUUUAUAUUCGUUUUCAGUCGUAACUUGUGUGUUUCCAUGUUGUUAUUGACAAGUUAAAACAGUUUGAGCCGGUGCAUGAUGCUGUUUCGCUGAAUUCCUUUGCUGUUAGUAACACUUUGAAUACAUUUACCAGUUGUAAGUACAAAAAAACUCUGGAUAUGAACUUAUAAAUCGCCAAAUAUUGGAGUAAAAACUUUUCGCCGGUCGCGCCGAUCGCCGGUUUUCACAAGAGUUUGAACGUUGAACAUUGCAUUUUUUACCUUAAAAUGUCUUCUAAAAAGACUAGUUAUUCAAUGUUCAGAGCUAAAUCAGGACGAAGUUUGUUCUUUGAGAACAAAUGAGAACAAGGAAGACGGUGGUUCGCAUUUUAGACUGAUUUAAAGUUGUAUAAUUUAUUUUUGCAUAUAUUUUUAACAUUUUCGCGCAAAAACUCAAGAUUAGGUACCAGUCCUCCAAUGAUGAAAAGUGUAUGUAGCCACCUUAAAUGUUACUUAUAUUAACAGUGUUGUAACGAGUCGAGUCAUUGACUCGGACUCGAGUCGACUCCAGUCGCUAUUUUCAGAUACUCGAGUCAACAGCCCCAAAUGACUCGACUCGACUUGCUGAUUUUGCCGUGAAUGACUCGAGUCAUUAAUUCAGCUACAACUUGUACUGACAGAAUAAAUUCAUUAAAAUUAUUGUGGUUGUAUUGCCUGGGAAGAUCAGUGAGCCCUGUGAAGUUGUAAACAAUGAGAACUUCGAAAUUUUAUCAGAAAAUAUACGGGGCUUUGUAUAGAAUAUAUUCCUGACGGGCAUGCCAAUAGUACAUUUCUGUUUUUGGAAACAACGCUAGUGCCUAAUGCCACAGUUUUUUAAAUGGAGUCUCAAAAUUUUUUGUACUAAUUCUGACCGGCUCUUGUCAUUUUUGGUAUUUAUGAAGUGCUAUAUAUUAAUUUCAAAUUGACUUACAAAGCAUGAUUAAUUAAAAGUCUAUUCUUUGUUAAUUCUGACUCCAGUUGCAAGUUAUGCUAGUUGUAUAUACGUACACUCGAUCACCAGGCAUGAUGAGACAUCUAAUGUGGUCGUACUUAAUAUUGACUAGGACUGUGAUAUUGGUACAGCCUAGCUGCCCAGAUACUGUUAUUAAACGGCUAAAGUGAUUAGCUUAAAAGGGUAAAUUUGAUUACUAAUUUCAGACUCCAAGCUAGGAUAUCGAACAAUUACAGAAAGCGUGGGGUGGACUUACUAUUGACUCGACUCGACUUAAACCAGUGACUCGAAUUGACUCGAGUGAAUCCGCUGACUCGACUCGAGUGAAGCCGCCGACUCGACUUGAUCAGAAACUGAAAUGACUCGACUCGUCACUCGACCUUUGAGUGACUCGACUCGUCACUCGACCUGUGGGUGAUUCGUUACAACACUGCUUAUUAAAGUAAAACCAGCGAGAAAACAGUAUAUUGUGGUAUUUUGUAGCAAUUUCCUUACAUUUAUCUUUAAUUUUUGGCUUUGAAAUCGUACUACUCACUUGUUUUAUUCCGCCCGGCUAUUUAUCCCCGGGGAAAGGAAAGCAUUAAAGAAGUCUAAAGUCCAUCAAUAAUCGCGGGUCGGUCAUCCUCACUGAUUUCAAAAUGUCAUGAAUAGACUGUCAUGAAUAGCCAAGACUGAUUGGUCCAAUUUUGUAUUAUAACGACUGCAUGACGACAGCGAAAUAGCAAGCAUUUCUUGUAAUUCUUGAUUUGAUGAUUUCUUGCAAAUAUAUUUUAUUUUUGCAAGAUUUUCUGAUUUCAAAAUCUUUCUAAGAAAAUAAAGGCGAAUGAAAUGCUAAAAGAAAGGAGCAAAGGCGCCGACGUUUUGGGCGGGAAAAUGGGAUUUUAACGCGCUAACCCGGAUAGCCGGGCUGAAGUAGCUCAUUAAGAUUUGUAAUGCUUAACAAUUUAAUACUCGGUGUUAGAAAUCGAUUAAAAAUGGUGUAUUUGUUGUAUUUGAGGACUAUUUUACCCACUGAAUGUUGUUGGUUAAGGUAUUUAUACUUAGCGCUGAUCCCAACAGGUUUAUACUGUUUGUAUUCUAACAAAAUUGUGUCGCUUCCUAUCUAAACCUUGAAAACGUUCAUUAAUAUCAUUUUGAUGUUAUUGGAAGUUUUUUUAAACUUAUAUUUGUACAUAUAGUCGAAAUUAAAACAUGCAUAAGUGUGCUUUUCAACAAGGCGGGACAACUCGCUUUGCAUGUAAUCGAAAUGUCAAAAUAAUAGACAAUACAUAUAGGAAGCGGGUCAACUCGGCAAAGCGAGUCAAGUCGCUUAGCCGGGACAAUUCACCCAUGUAAUCGGCCCCUAAAUUUCCUGUACUAUUAUCCUGAAAUGACGUCACUUGGGCGAGUAUUCCUAACUAAGUCGGGAUCAUGCUAACGGCAUGGAUUUGAGUCCGGUCUAAAAUAAUAAUUGCGAUUAGAAUCGUAUUGAACUAAUGAACUUAAUACUUUGCAGAAAUUGGACCAAAAUCCCGUCGCGGAUUAAAAGUAAACUGAAACUACUUUUGCUUUCUUUCCAGAUGGAAAAUAUAUACCCAAUCACGUCUUCAAUUUAUGCCAAAGGUGAUGGUUUGGUGAAUGAAACAACUUCGAAAGUUAGAAGGGAUACUGGUGCGCUACGUCACUAUAAUGGUCGUUGGUCUUGA